AUGCAAAGAUAUUUGUUCGCUCUUUUGGUAUUGGUAUGCUUUCAACAGUUGUGGGCGCAGCCAAUCAAGCAAACUCUCCUGCUUCGAAAUGAAUACAUUCAUCGGGCUGCACCUGGUGGCAUCAUCAACAGUGGCAUGCAGAGCUCGAAUGUUAUGCGAUUGCGUGGUGGAAUGGAUCAGAUGGCAGCAUAUCUGCUAUGCAGAAUGGGUGGAAACGAUACCCCGACAUUCGAGGAUGUCACAAAAGUGCUCAAUUCAGUGAAUGCCAAAGUUGAGGAAGACAGAAUCAACCAUCUUGUCAAGGAGUUAAAUGGAAAAGACAUUCAAGAACUCCUCGAAAAGGCCAGAAAGGAGGCUUUGGAGAACGAUAAGAUUGACCAGUAUCUUGCCCAGCAGGGAGGGGGCGGUGGAGCGUCUCAAGCUCCGCAAGGUGCUGAUGCAGGAACCAAACCUGCAGACAAGGCCGAUGCAAAGACCAAGGCAAAGGGAGCUGAGAAAAAGGAGUCUUCCAGCGACUCGCUUGACGGCGACAUGGGAUUCGGUUUGUUUGACUAG